ACAGGAUAUUAAAAACUUAAAACAAUCAUAAAUGGAGAAUUAUGUAGAUAAAAAUACUCUUUUUUACACAGGUCCUGUACAUAAACAUUGCAAAUAUGUAUUCAGAUAGUUGGCUGUAAAUUUCUGGAAACAAUUUCCCAAGAAAUAAGUCUCAGUCUCACUCCAAAUUUACACUUUUGUCCAGCACAUUUACACUUUUCCUCGCCUUCACAAAAUUUAUACCGUUUAAAACUUUAAAAAUGAAGUAUUUCGUACUUUGUUCCGCCAUCAUCGCUGCUACAAUUGGUCUCGGAGUUUUUCGCGUCACUUCCGACACCAUCACGAAGGUUCGCUCGAUCCGUGCCGGCGUCCGAUCCUGCAUGGACGACAUCAUCGCGAACGCCACCGCGGAAAACGCCCUCGUCGGGGAGCGGAUUAACGGCAUCCUGGAAUCUCACGGGAAAAAGGCGAUCGAUCUGCUGGACCGGUCGAAAUCCUUGGCGACCCUGACGUCGAAAGGGGCGAAGGACCUGAGAUCAGGAUUCGUCGCUAUUCUGGCCGACGCCAAGGCUGAGGUGGCUCAAAAUGCGGGGGAAUUGUCACUGGAGACGCGCUGCGCCAUGGCACAUCGGUACAACGCCGGCUUAAAGGAAUGGAGGACAAUGGCGUCCGAAUUGUACACAACUUUUGGCGUGGAUCUCGCCAUUUUGAAGGAAAGUGAAGGCCUGUUAUCGGAGCGGACAGAUUGUGGUCCUUUUGAGAAGGAGGUCAAAAAUUUGUAAAAAGUGGGUUUGAUGCAUUUAAUUUUUGUACGUUUUUUUUCUAAUUUUUACUGGAGUUUUUUAUGACAAUUAUGUACGUACCAAAUUGAAUUGGUCGUUUGAUAUAUUUAACUAACUUUAUUCGUAAUUUUGGAUGAUUUUUUAAAACGAAAUAAAAUUUCAAGUUUCUUGUACUGAAA